AUGUUCACCCGUCACCUCAGAUCGUUGACGGCGGUUCCGCGGACGCUGGCGUCACUUAGAUCGAGUACGUUGCGUCAGUUUUCCGUGGCUCCCGUCCGGUUAAACCAGGCUAAACUCCCCGAAACCUAUGAAGAAGAGAAGGUGAUCAUCGAUGAGAUCAUGGAUGGCUUGAGUGAUGCCGAUAAGCAGGCGGCUCUGAGAAUGCGGAACAUCGGUAUUCUGGCCCACAUUGACUCGGGUAAGACGACUUUCUCCGAAAGAGUGUUGUUCUACACUGGUCGGAUCAACGAUAUCCACGAAGUCCGGGGUCGCGACGCCGUCGGGGCGAAGAUGGACCACAUGGAGUUGGAAAGAGAAAAAGGUAUCACCAUUCAAUCCGCUGCCACCUACGCGCUGUGGAACAAGGACGGCAAAGACUACCACUUCAACCUUAUUGACACCCCUGGUCACAUUGAUUUCACCAUCGAAGUCGAGCGUGCGUUGCGGGUGUUGGACGGUGCCGUGUUGGUGGUGUGUGCUGUGGCUGGUGUCCAGCUGCAAACCGUGACGGUUGAUCGUCAAAUGAGACGUUACAAUGUUCCUCGGAUUACCUUUAUUAACAAGAUGGACCGUAUGGGCGCUAACCCCUUCCGGGCUAUUGAGCAAAUUAACACCAAGCUUAAGACUCCUGCUGCCGCUAUCCAAGUGCCCAUCGGUGCCGAAGACCAACUCAAGGGGGUGGUGAACAUCAUUGACCGUGUCUGUCUUUACAACGAAGGUCCCAAGGGUGAAAUCAUCCGUCGUGACGAAAACAUCCCUGAAGACCUUGUUGAUAUUGUUGAAGAACGCCGUGCGAUGCUUAUCGAAACUUUGGCUGACGUUGAUGACGAAAUGGCUGACAUCUAUCUUGAAGGUGAAGAGCCCACCACUGAACAAAUCAAGGCCGCCAUCCGUCGCGCUACCAUUGGCCGUAAGUUUACUCCCGUGAUGAUGGGUUCUGCUCUUGCCAAUACUGGUAUCCAACCCGUGUUGGACGCUGUUGUUGACUACUUGCCCCAACCCAACGAAAUCUUGAACACUGGUUUGGAAGUUAGCGGUGACCAAGAAACUCCCGUCAACUUGGUGCCGUCGCUGCAAGCCCCUUUUGUUGGUUUGGCGUUCAAGUUGGAAGAAGGUCCCUACGGUCAAUUGACUUACAUCAGAGUUUACCAAGGUAAGCUCAAGAAGGGUCAAUACAUCACCCAUCUCAAGCUGGGUAAGAAGGUCAAGGUUGCUCGUCUCGUGAGAAUGCACUCCAACGAAAUGGAAGACGUUGCCGAAGUUGGUGCUGGUGAAAUCUGUGCUACUUUUGGUAUCGACUGUGCCUCGGGUGACACUUUCAUCGCUCCCAACUCGGAACAAAAGAUUGCCAUGUCGUCGAUGUUUGUUCCCGAAGCCGUUAUCUCGCUUUCGAUUGCUCCUAAGUCUAAGGACAAUGGCUCUUUCCUGAAGGCGAUGAACAGAUUCCAAAAGGAAGACCCUACUUUCCGGGUGAAGUACGACGAAGAACUGAAGGAAACUAUCAUCCUGGGUAUGGGUGAAUUGCACUUGGAAAUUUACGUUGAAAGAAUGAAGCGUGAAUACGGUGUCGAGUGUGUCACUGGUAAGCCUCAAGUCUCGUACCGUGAAGCCAUCACCGUCCCCGCUGUCUUCGACUACACCCACAAGAAGCAAUCUGGUGGUGCUGGUCAAUACGGUAGAGUCAUGGGUGAAGUCUCCCCCAUUGAAGGUGAAAACAAGUUCACUCAACACAUUGUUGGUGGUAAAAUUCCCGAAAAGUUCUUGUUCGCCUGUCAAAAGGGGUUCGAAGACUGCUUGGAAAAGGGUCCUCUCAUUGGCCACAGAGUUUUGGGUAUCCACAUGCACAUCAACGAUGGUCAAACCCACGUUGUCGACUCUUCGGAAUUGUCGUUUAGAACUGCUACUCAUGGUGCUUUCAAGCAAGCAUUCCUCGCGGCUCAGCCCGUGAUUUUGGAACCCAUCAUGUCCGUUGAAGUGUCGGCUCCCAAUGAAUUCCAAGGUGCCGUCGUUGGUUUGAUCAACAAGUUGGGUGGUAUGAUCAACGAAACCGUCAACAACCAGGACGAAUUUACCGUCACUGCUGAGUGCUCGUUGAGUCUGAUGUUCGGCUUUUCUACUUCUUUGAGAGCUGGUACUCAGGGUAAGGGUGAAUUCUCCUUGGAAUUCCUCAAGUACUCGCCGUGUUCGCCUCAACACCAACGUGAGUUGAUUGCCAACCACGAAAAGGCCCAAAAGAAGUAG